UACAUUUCUCCAUAAAGCCUCAUUUUCACCUUACGAAUCGCUGAACUUCCAUUUCUCUUCUCCCUUUCUUACCCUUCCUCCACAAAAAAAACCCUCUCUGUUUCUCAUUUCUCGUCCGUGAAAAUGCGUGAAAUUCUUCACAUUCAAGGUGGCCAAUGCGGUAACCAAAUCGGAUCUAAGUUCUGGGAAGUUGUGUGCGCGGAGCAUGGGAUUGAUUCCACCGGAAGGUACCAGGGAGACACAGAUCUACAACUUGAGAGGGUGAAUGUGUAUUACAAUGAAGCUAGUGGUGGGCGGUUUGUUCCUAGGGCUGUGCUUAUGGAUCUGGAACCAGGGACCAUGGACAGCAUUAGAUCUGGGACUUAUGGCCAGAUCUUUCGCCCUGAUAACUUUGUUUUUGGUCAAUCUGGUGCUGGGAACAACUGGGCUAAGGGUCAUUACACCGAGGGUGCUGAGCUGAUUGAUUCUGUUCUCGAUGUUGUGCGUAAAGAAGCUGAAAACUGUGACUGCCUACAAGGGUUUCAGGUGUGCCAUUCUCUGGGAGGAGGGACUGGAUCCGGAAUGGGAACCCUUUUGAUUUCAAAGAUAAGAGAGGAAUACCCAGACCGAAUGAUGCUCACUUUCUCUGUUUUCCCAUCUCCAAAGGUUUCAGACACUGUUGUUGAGCCUUACAAUGCCACACUCUCUGUUCAUCAGCUUGUGGAGAAUGCAGAUGAGUGCAUGGUUCUUGACAACGAGGCAUUGUAUGACAUUUGUUUCCGUACCCUCAAGCUGACAACUCCUAGCUUUGGUGACCUGAAUCACCUAAUAUCUGCAACCAUGUCCGGAGUAACUUGCUGCCUCAGAUUUCCUGGCCAGCUUAACUCUGAUCUUAGAAAGCUCGCUGUAAACCUCAUUCCUUUUCCCCGUCUUCACUUUUUCAUGGUUGGGUUUGCUCCACUUACCUCACGAGGUUCCCAACAAUACCGGGCUUUGACUGUUCCUGAGUUAACUCAGCAAAUGUGGGAUGCAAAGAACAUGAUGUGUGCUGCUGAUCCCCGACAUGGCCGUUAUUUGACAGCAUCAGCUAUGUUCCGUGGAAAGAUGAGCACCAAGGAAGUUGAUGAACAGAUGCUUAAUGUGCAGAACAAAAACUCUUCAUACUUCAUUGAGUGGAUCCCCAACAAUGUUAAGUCAACAGUCUGUGAUAUUCCACCAACUGGUCUAAAGAUGGCAUCAACUUUCAUUGGAAACUCAACCUCAAUUCAAGAAAUGUUCCGUCGUGUUAGUGAACAAUUCACGGCCAUGUUUAGGAGGAAGGCUUUCUUGCACUGGUACACCGGGGAAGGAAUGGAUGAGAUGGAGUUCACUGAGGCAGAGAGCAACAUGAAUGAUUUGGUCUCUGAAUACCAGCAGUAUCAAGAUGCAGUGGCAGAUGAGGAUGAGUAUGAGGAAGAGGAGGAUGAUCCUGCAUAUCAGGACUGAUGUGAUCAUGUUGUGUAAUUUCACUUAAAUUGAUGUUUGUAUUAGUAGUUUCUUUCCAGUUGUGGUUGUAACCUCAACUACCAUCCAAACCCAUCCAAGAACACGAACAUUUAUUUGUAGUUGUCUUUAACUGCAAAAACAGUUCCUUUUGAAGUAUUAGUACUUGUUUUUGAUUC